UCCUCUUGGAGGCGGGGCGCUUUGCUAACAGCGAGCAAGGCUCAUAUUGGGCUGAAUGGCGCAGAGCAAUGGCAACGCCGGUCCGGAGAUAUCUCGGGUGCUUCUUUCCGUGGGAGGCGGAGGAGGUAUCAGCGAAACACUUUUGCUUGGUCCAAAAUAUACUAAAAAGAAAGGCACAACCUUACAGACAACCAGGCUGCCCAGGAGCAACAUUUUGGAUAAGGUGCAGAAUUUUCUACCCCAGAUGGCUAGUGCAAAUAAUCAGCUGAGAAGAGAAAUGGACAGCAAACCUAGCCAAGAGUUUGACAUUGAACAUGUAGAACCUUCGAUGGAAAAAAUAAUUGAAAUGAAUGUGGCCUUAGUAGAACUGAAUGACUGUGAUACAACAGAAUCAGAAGAUGAUUCAGAAUGCGAGGAGACCUCUACCUGUGAAGAAGUUACUGAAGAAAAUAUUAAGUUUCCCUUGUCAAAAAGAGAAGGACGGAUAGAAAUGUUGGACAGUAAAAACUGAGGAGGUGAAUUAGCCUUAUUUUCCUGCUAUUUCAAUAUCUACAUGUAAUCCUCAUGUUCAUUGUGCUGUGUACUAAUAAUCUUGUGUACUUGAUAUGUGGAGAGGUGUAAAAAAAAUCUGUUGUAGGUCUGCUAUCAAGUCAGAUGAAAUUAAGGAUUUCAUUAUAAAAUUGAGGGGAAAGCAGAAAGAAUUGGACCAGACAGAAACAAAAGCAUCAAUAGCUAUGAACUAUCUUUAAUUUAAUCUGUAAUAACAUUACUUAUCAAUACCAACUCUUGGGUUACAUAGAGACCAAUGAAAAUAUCUUUGGGAAACAGAUCAUUUACUCUAGAUUGUUUCAAUUACAAAGUAUUUGGGCUGGUGACCCACUAUUAUAUGUUAAUAGUAAUGGCCUUCCAAAUGAAUUAUAUUCCCAACUCCCAGGUCUGGUUGGGAUUCAAGCUCACUUGUUUGUGACAAAGGUUACUCACCUUGCAUGAACUGUCCUUUAAGGUCAAGGUGAAAGAAUUGUGUUAGACGGAGAUAUUUUUGUUGAUAAGCAGCCUUCAUAAGGGAGAAUGAGGAAUGCCAUUGGGAAUCCAGUAUAUUUGGGGGGUCCAAAAUAUGCUACAAAUCAAAUUGGGAGUUUAUAAUCCCAGCCAGUUUGAGAUCACGUUACAUCUUUGAAAUUAAAAUAUACCUUGUAUUCUCAUAAAGAUUAUUUAAAUAGAAUAAAAAAGAAUUUUUAAGGUGCACCGCAUUUGCUUUAUACUGUAAAAGGCAUCAACUUGGCAAGAUAAUGCCAAUUUGAACUGAUGUUAGUUUUAUUCUUAUGGACAAUUUGUUAUGAUUAUGCAUUUUUACUGGAGCAUACACUGAAUAAGAUCUUAUUUCUGAAUAAAUAUUUGAGCUGUUAUUGCUUACUGAAAAUGGGGUUGGAUACAAAUCAGGAAUGUUUGACAUAAAAAGUCAAAUUGGCUGAACAUUCUGAAAAAAUUGGCUGAACAUUAGCAAUAAUUAAUAGCCCUAUACAGUACAUGGUAGAUUAUGGUCCAUAACCUUCAGGGAACAGGACCAUCAUGCAGUGUAUUGAUUUGAGUUGAUAAUAAUUGUAAUACAUAAAUAUAAAUAAAAUUUAGGUGUCCUUGCACAACCCACCAAAAUUUUCUAUUUAUUUUCCAUAGUACCGGUAUAUUCCUGGAAAGCUCACACACAAGGUACAAACGCAAAAUAUCUUUCUGUUUAGAUAGAGCAACUAUCUGUUUUGAGAUGAACAUUACCGUAGUCUUACCUUUCUGUUCACUGUAUUUAAUACCACAAUGUUGUACAUUGUUUUCAAUUAAUAUUUUGCAAUUGCAAGUAGUAAAUACAUUCAAAACCUGG